AUGUAUGUUAGUGAGAAUGGCCAUUACAAAGUCAUUGAGCUUCUUCUCAAACAAAAUGCUGAUCCUAAUCUUCAAACACAAAAUGGUUGGACUGCUUUAAUGCUUGCCAGUGAGAAUGGCCAUUACCAACUCUUUGAGCUUCUUCUCAAAGAAAACGCUGAUCCUAAUCUUCAAACACAAGAUGGUGCGACUGCUUUAAUGCUUGCCAGUGACAAUGGCCAUUACCAAGUCAUUGAACUUCUUCUCAAAGAAAAUGCUGAUCCCAAUCUUCUAACAGAAAAAGGACAGACAGCUUUGAUUGAUAAUGGCCAUUACCAAGUCAUUGAGCUUCUUCUCAAAGAAAAUGCUGAUCCUAAUCUUCAAACACAAGAUGGUAGGACUGCUUUAAUGCUUGCUAGUAAUAAUGGCCAUUAUCAAGUCAUUGAGCUUCUUCUCAAAGAAAACGCUGAUCCUAAUCUUCAAACACAAGAUGGUGCGACUGCUUUAAUGCUUGCCAGUGACAAUGGCCAUUACCAAGUCAUUGAACUUCUUCUCAAAGAAAAUGCUGAUCCCAAUCUUCUAACAGAAAAAGGACAGACAGCUUUGAUGUCAGCUUGUUGGAAUGGCCAUUACACAAUAGUUGAACUUUUACUUAAACAAAAUAUAAAUAUAAAUCAUCAAAAACAGAAUGGUUCAACAGCUCUGAUAAUGGCUAGUUUACAAGGUCAUGACCAAGUGGUUGAUCUCUUGCUUAAGGAAAAUGCCAAUCCUAAUCUUCAAAUGCAGUAUGGUAAAACAGCUUUAAUGAUUGCUUGUCAAAAUGGCCAUUACCAAAUCAUUGAGCUUCUUCUCAAAAUAAAUGCUGAUCCUAAUCUUCAAAUGCAAGAUGGUAGGACUGCUUUAAUGCUUGCUAGUGAUAAUGGCCAUUACCAAGUCAUUGAGCUUCUUCUCAAAGAAAAUGCUGAUCCUAAUCUUCAAACACAAGAUGGUAGGACUGCUUUAAUGCUUGCUAGUAAUAAUGGCCAUUAUCAAGUCAUUGAGCUUCUUCUCAAAGAAAACGCUGAUCCUAAUCUUCAAACACAAGAUGGUGCGACUGCUUUAAUGCUUGCCAGUGACAAUGGCCAUUACCAAGUCAUUGAACUUUAUCUCAAAGAAAAUGCUGAUCCCAAUCUUCUAACAGAAAAAGGACAGACAGCUUUGAUGUCAGCUUGUUGGAAUGGCCAUUACACAAUAGUUGAACUUUUACUUAAACAAAAUAUAAAUAUAAAUCAUCAAAAACAGAAUGGUUCAACAGCUCUGAUAAUGGCUAGUUUACAAGGUCAUGACCAAGUAGUUGAUCUCUUGCUUAAGAAAAAUGCCAAUCCUAAUCUUCAAAUGCAGUAUGGUAAAACAGCUUUAAUGAUUGCUUGUCAAAAUGGCCAUUAUCAAAUCAUUGAGCUUCUUCUCAAAAUAAAUGCUGAUCCUAAUCUUCAAACACAAGAUGGUAGGACUGCUUUAAUGUUUGCCAGUGAGGAUGGCCAUUACCAAGUCAUUGAACUUCUUCUCAAAAUAAAUGCUGAUCCUAAUCUUCAAAUGCAAGAUGGUAGGACUGCUUUAAUGCUUGCUAGUAAUAAUGGCCAUUAUCAAGUCAUUGAGCUUCUUCUCAAAGAAAACGCUGAUCCUAAUCUUCAAACACAAGAUGGUGCGACUGCUUUAAUGUUUGCCAGUGAGAAUGGCCAUUACCAAGUCAUUGAACUUCUUCUCAAAGAAAAUGCUGAUCCCAAUCUUCUAACAGAAAAAGGACAGACAGCUUUGAUGUCAGCUUGUUGGAAUGGCCAUUACACAAUAGUUGAACUUUUCCUUAAACAAAAUAUAAAUAUAAAUCAUCAAAAACAGAAUGGUUCAACAGCUCUGAUAAUGGCUAGUGUACAAGGUCAUGACCAAGUGGUUGAUCUCUUGCUUAAGGAAAAUGCCAAUCCUAAUCUUCAAAUGCAGUAUGGUAAAACAGCUUUAAUGAUUGCUUGUCAAAAUGGCCAUUACCAAAUCAUUGAGCUUCUUCUCAAAAUAAAUGCUGAUCCUAAUCUUCAAACACAAGAUGGUAGGACUGCUUUAAUGUUUGCCAGUGAGGAUGGCCAUUACCAAGUCAUUGAACUUCUUCUCAAAAUAAAUGCUGAUCCUAAUCUUCAAAUGCAAGAUGGUAGGACUGCUUUAAUGCUUGCUAGUGAUAAUGGCCAUUACCAAGUCAUUGAGCUUCUUCUCAAAGAAAAUGCUGAUCCUAAUCUUCAAACACAAUAUGGUAUGACUGCUUUAAUGCUUGCUAGUGAUAAUGGCCAUUACCAAGUCAUUGAACUUCUUCUCAAAAUAAAUGCUGAUCCUAAUCUUCAAACACAAGAUGGUACGACUGCUUUAAUGCUUGCUAGUGAUAAUGGCCAUUACCAAGUCAUUGAACGUCUUCUCAAAAUAAAUGCUGAUCCUAAUCUUCAAACACAAGAUGGUACGACUGCUUUAAUGCUUGCUAGUGAUAAUGGCCAUUAUCAAGUCAUUGAGCUUCUUCUCAAAGAAAAUGCUGAUCCUAAUCUUCAAACACAAGAUGGUAUGACUGCUUUAAUGCUUGCUAGUGAUAAUGGCCAUUACCAAGUCAUUGAGCUUCUUCUCAAAGAAAAUGCUGGUCCUAAUCUUCAAACACAAUAUGGUAUGACUGCUUUAAUGCUUGCUAGUGAUAAUGGCCAUUACCAAGUCAUUGAGCUUCUUCUCAAAGAAAAUGCUGGUCCUAAUCUUCAAACACAAUAUGGUACGACUGCUUUAAUGCUUGCUAGUGAUAAUGGCCAUUACCAAGUCAUUGAACUUCUUCUCAAAAUAAAUGCUGAUCCUAAUCUUCAAACACAAGAUGGUAGGACUGCUUUAAUGUUUGCCAGUGAGAAUGACCAUCACCAAGUAGUUGAGCUUCUUCUCAAAGAAAAUGCUGAUGCUAAUCUUCAAAACCAAGAUGGUUGGACUGCUUUAAUGUUUGCCAGUAAGAAUGACCAUUACCAAGUAGUUGAGCUUCUUCUCAAAGAAAAAAGCUGA